CCACAACGACCCACACUCCGACACGACAUGUCUUUCUCGUGUUCGUCUUCUCAACUAGCUUCCUAUCGAUUUUCCAGUGCUGACGCGCCUAAAAUCUCUGGGUCUGACAAGGCUGUGGAUUGUCUGUUGCCCGUGUCGCCCGUUGAGGAUCACGCAUUUUGGACGAACAACUCGGCAAACAGUUGAGAGCCUCAAGCCCUGAACGCUUCUGUCGUGCCGGAUGCCUUUCGCUGCCGCCGUUGUUCAGGACGUGAUCCCUCUUGCCAUGUCCCGUAUCCCCUUCAGUGUGUCUGUGAACCAUGGCGUGCUACUCUCCAACGACCCUGGAACUACCAGAUCAACCACUUCCAGAUCAGUCAGUGUACUACACAAGGAGGCCAAAGCAGCAUUAACAUUGCAAUUGCGUCCCAGCUACCAGGGCCGGCCACUGUGACUGUGUUGCUCAACCACUCAACUCCCAUUUAUCUAGACACAUAGCCAAUCGGUGCGCGUACCAUGAACCAUUUCCAACCAUUGACCCACUUACGGACUGUCUACCAAACGCACCUACCCGUUGCAUGCCAAUCCUCGACUGUAAAACACUAAACCAAACCUGCUACAUGUUACACACGAUCAAGCGCCUUCAAACUAGUCCGUUGUUUUUGAUCGGUACCAGCCGAGAAGCUUUCUUAGAAUAGGGGAGUGAGUUCGACGAGCCUUGCUAUGUUUGCUCGAACCAAUAGCAAUGUCAAUGCCCAAGCAAGCUGCCUCUCUGGUUGCGCUAUCGAGAAUGACCCCGUGCUUAACCAUCGUUAUACCUUGAUGUAUGCACGUGGAUGAGCUUGGAGAAUCACGUAUCCUGCUUCCCAUCCACUCGGAAGUGCCUCUUACAUUGCGCAGUAAAAUUGCGCUUCCAAACCACUACCAGGCCCUGAGCAUACCGUCCCCAGGCUUCAAGGCGUUGGAAUCUGCAGGUAGCCGCUGUUAAAAUGCACACGCGAGCCGAUUCGAACGCAGCCGCUCCGGAGAACGAUCUGUCCUCGAUAGCAUCUGAGAUUUCCUUUCACAUCAACGCCCUGUCCGCACGUACGCGUUCAGGGCAGGCAAGGAAUCAGUGGGUCCGCAUAUCCGGGACUGGAUGGUGGGCACUGCGCCCGUGGCUUCCUUUGUGCACCCACAAUCCUCAUCAGCGCAUCCAGUCAUGCAUCGUGCUUCUGCCGUAGCGGCAGAGACAAAACAGCAUCUGCAGUCAAUCCCUGGUACGCUUCAGAAGGGCUUUGGGUUACGGCCCGCACCCUCGGUAUUAAAAAUUGCAUGCGUUGAAGUCCGGCGGCUGACCAUUCUCUACCACGAUCUCCACCGAAAGUCCAAGCCACAAUCGCGUUUGCACGCCUCAUCCUACUAUUCUCAUAGCAAAUGGACUGUCUGUUGCUUUUUCUGUGGAUAAACAGUUCUGGCUCGUUUCUGUUUCACUGUUUCCCAGGAUAAUUGCUCGCGAUCCUCCAUAUCCAGUGCGUUGGGAUGAGGGGAAUAUCCGCGACGGCGCACUCAGACCAAACGAGUUGCAGUCUCCUCCGUCAAACUUGCCCUUCCCAAAAGUACGUAGAUAGUCUUGACAUACAUCCAUCCUAUUCACCUCCUUUGCCCUACUCUUUUCUUUCCGUUACGGUUCAAGCUAAAACCAG